AUGGCAGACAAGAAGAAGCCCCUGUCCUUGGCCGAGAGGCGGCUGGCACGGCUGGCCAAACAGGUCGCAGCGCCCACAGCGCCAGCCCAGCCGAAGGCCCCAAAGCAAGAGACCGUGCCUGAGAAAGGAGAGGUCGAAGAGAUGGGGUGCUCCAUCAUCGCUAUGUUGGAGUCACCCUCCGAAGAUGCUAUGCCUCGGAAGGCUGUGGAGGAGAUGUUCAACAGUCAUGAGUUGAAGGUGGUGUGGGCCAACGAAGAUCACAGUUGGAACGACUUCCAACACGCCACGGUCUUGGUCACCGUCAAGAGGCGCGUGGAUGAUGCCUUGCUUGCUACCUUACCUCGGCUACGCUUGGUGGCUGUAGCUUUCACAGGUUAUGAUCAUGUGGACCUAGAGGCCUGCAAGAAAAGAGGAGUGGCCGUCGCCAAUGUGCCGGGCUAUUCCACAGAUGGUGCGGCUGAGCUUUGUUUUGGCUUGAUCUUCUCCCUCUUGCGACACAUUCCAAUGGCUCAUCAGCACGUGCGAGCUGGCAAGUGGAAUUGGCCCCCGGGAAACGAACUCUGCGGCCGCCGCUUUGGGAUCAUUGGCACGGGGGAGAUUGGUUUGCGUGUCGCCGAGAUCAGCAAGGCUUUUCGCGUCUCCAAGAUCAUUGGUUUCGACCCAAUCAAGAAUGAGAAGUUCGUUGCCAUAGGCGGUGAGUACGUGCAGUCGCUGGCGACCAUCUUUCUGCACUCGGACAUCAUCAUCAUUUGCUGCAACUUGACGCCUGCCACAAAGGGCAUGGUGAACCGAAGGAUGUUGAAGCUGCUUCGGCCCGACUCCAUUCUGAUCAACUGUGCUCGAGGUGCCAUCAUCGACCAGGUCACGAUGACCCAGAUGUUGAUGGACGGCCGCUUCCGUGCGGGCUUGGAUGUCUACGAGGGCCUCGAAGGUGAGGAACUGGCCCCGGAUCAUCCCCUGCGAUCGUCUGACCAGCCUUUGGUUGGCCUUGAGCCACCUCAGCGCCGCACCAUGAUUGCAUGGCUGCUGUGCUUGCAGCUGGUGGCCGUGGCUGGCGCGACCUGCUUGCCCGAUGCCAUUCCCGCAGAAAACCGAAAGAACCUCACGAAUCCAGCGACCGGUCAAUCCUAUCCGCUCGGAAUGUGGAUCGGUGGUUGGGCUUCCUCCUUUAUAAACAGUGAAGUGGCCCGCAUCAUUCUCCAAGAGAAAAUAGGUUUCAAUGUCCGAGACAUGGGAAUCGGCUAUGCCACCGUGGAUGGUUUCUAUGCCCUAACGGGUUGUGCCACUCCCGAAACCAUCGGAGACAGAGGAUGUGACGGCGUUUCAGUCACAUACACUCACGUCAACGUGGAGGCAUGGACUGGUGGUUACCAGCCGGAAUGGGAUGCUUUGCAGAUCGCCUAUCCGGACAUGGCUCCAAUCAACCUGGGCAACAUGGGCUACAACGGAAAGACUUCAUUCUUCUUUCCCAGUAAGGUCCGUGACGAAGCAUGGGAGACGGAGGGCCUCAACCUCGAUUUCUUCAGGGGUUACAACAUUUCGUGGCAUGAUGCCGCCAAGUACUUCGACAGUCCAAAAGCCUUCGACGGAGCCACACUCAGGCCAUGCAACGAGACGCGUUUGAUGAUCACGUCUGCCAUGAAGUUCUACGCUGAACUCACUGGGGAUUGGGACGGUGUCGAGAUUGUUGGCGAGGAAGUGUACGGCAAAUGCUUUGACGACCACUUCUGGUACCCGCCUGCUUGUCGUAGCAAUGCCUCGGCUUGCUUCGUUUGGCUCACCGCUGGAAACGGUUGGGACAUGGAAGGAACCAUGCAGAAAACGACAUCAUACCACAUCCCAAUGGCUGCGGCAACAGCGAAGAACUGGACUUUGUUUACUCAGUUGCCGAAGAUCAAAACCAGUUGGUUCUACUGGUGGGUCCCUGACCCUACCUUUCUGACUUUGUCUCCCAUGGAGGUGAUCUUUCCUCCCUACGACAAGCAAGCCUGGGACAUCGGCGACAAGCGCACGCAAGCCACCACCACCAGCGUGGACAUCGCCGUCAGCCGGGACCUGCAUAUCCUCGCGCCCAAUGUGCAGAACUUUUUGGAAAAUUGGGAGAUUCCCAUGGCCGAGGUGAACAAGAUGAUGAUGGACCAGAUCAACACAGGUGAGGAUGCAUACCAAGUGGCUUGCCGCUGGUUGCAGGACAAUAAGUCGCAGGAAAUCUGGACCGAGUGGCUCCCGGACACCUCCAAAUGCUUCCCCCAGUUCGGCCUUUGGAACACCAACACUCAGGAGUUUGUGGCAGACCGGCAAGACAAAAGUUUUUUGGAAUGCCGGGCUUGCGAGUCCGGUCGCUUCUCCGAAAAAUUCAAGGACAACGACGGGGACACCUACAUUUGCACUCUCUGCCCUCCUGGCACAUCUCAGCCCUCGGGAGCCGCUUUGCAAUGCGAGCCCUGCCUGUUUGGUGAAUUCCAGGACAAGAGCGGCCAAACCUCUUGCAAGCGCUGCAUCAUCGGGGAGUACCAAGAUCAGAAAGGGCAAGCGCGGUGUAUCCCCUGCGUGGCUGGCACCACUACUUUGGGAGAUGGCAGACCCAGCGUGGAAGACUGUGGCUGCAUCGCAGGCAGCAUCGACAUCGGAGAAGGUGGAAACAAAUCCAUUUGCAACGCAUGCCCAGAAGGGAUGACCUGUCCUUUCUCAUCCAGCGAGCACAACUUGUUGAAUGGAACCGCCAAAAAUGGUCCAGAUUUCGUUCCAGCCAUUGUUGAAGGCUACUACAGCACCAAGGAUAAGGCUCUGCAGGUCUUCAAGUGCCGCAAUCGCAUCCAAUGUCCCGGCGGAAGACCAAACACAUGUGGAGGAGGUCUUCAAGUCGUUCCCUGUGCCGAAUGCCCCGCGGGGCAAACGUGGAGCGGCAGCUCAUGUGAUCAGUGCACCGCCUGGAGCCUGAUCUUCUGGGUCAUCAGUACGUGCGCCUUGUUCGGUUUCUUGACCUUGGCGUAUUACCUUCUCACAAGCCAAGUCACCGCCAAAGCCUCCGUGAUGGCCACCACGGGGAUGUCUUUUGGGAUGACGGUGAAUUUGUUGCAAUCCGUGGGCAUCGUGGGGAUGAUGACGGUGGAGUGGCCCGAACAUCUUCAGGGAUUCCUGGCCGCCUUCAAGGUACUGCUCCUGGACAUCGACAACUACUCCUUCAGUUGCUUCGCGGGCGCGGACUCAUCUUUGCGCUACAGUGUGAGUGUGUCCUUCUUUUUCUUGGGGCAAGCAUGGUUGGUUCUGAACUACUUCGGCUCCAAGCUUCUUCCAGCAAGAUACCGCUGGGGUGGCUCCAAAGCCUUCAGUACCAUGGGUCAGUUCUGGCAGGUGGGUUUCAGCACCAUGAGCACUGUGUCAUUGGCACCUUUGACCUGCUAUACCCAUCCCAACGGCCUGCAGAGUUUGCUGAAGUAUCCCAACAUCAUUUGCGGUGGUGACAAUGGGCAUACGGCCAUGAUGGCAGCAGGCCUUAGCCUUUUGGUGGUUGGAGUCUUUGGUUUCCUCAGUCUCUGCAUCUACGCAGCCUACAUGAUGCCAAAAUGGAGCGCAGGUGACAACAGGCAGCUAGUUCAAAGCUUCCGCUUCUUGGUCUUCCGAUUUCGUCUCGAUAGUUGGUGGUAUGGCGUCCCGUUGCUGGUCCGCGGUCCCUUGCUCUCUCUCCCCAUCGUCUUGGCUACUGACUACCCGCCAGUGCAGACCAUCAUGAUCAACGUGAUCCUGUCAAUCUUUUUGAUUGUUGAGACCCUUUCUUGGCCUUGGAAAGUACCUUUGUUGAACUUAAUGGACAUGUGGAUGACUCUUUGCCUGAUGCUCUUGGUGACCGGCUCCGCCUUGUACGUGAGCGUGUCAGAUUCAGGUGCAAUGCAAAACUUCGCUUCUGCUUUCACGACCGGCGUCAUGGGCUGCAUCGGGGCUGCCAUGCUGGUGAUGUUCAUCGUGGCGGUUUCUGCUCUGGUGCACCGGGCUGCCAUGGGCGGGGCCACGGAGUAUGCCGUCUUCAACCUGGGCAGCUUGGUCCGAUCUGGAUUUGGAUUAAGAGAUCUUAUGAGUGGUUAG